GCAGUAAAGUGAGAUCGAUUAAAACAUGUACAUACGUAAAUUGUACGCGUCAAGAAAGUGAAUAACCCAACCACGGUGCGGGUCGAUUGUCUGUACGAAAAAUUCGACUUCAUUCCUGCCACAAGUGACGCGAUUGUUGUUCAUAAUGCGCCAGGGGUGAUGGAGACAGUGGGCAAACAAGUCCAGGUAGUGAGCGGACUGGGCGUGGGGGGUCCAGUAGGGCCUGUGGGCCCUGUGGGGGCAGAUCUGCAUCACCAUCAUCACUCCCACCCCCACGGGGGCCACGGCCACGGUCACUCGUUGGUCGGCACUGCGGCGACCUCUGUUGCAAGGGGUCAGGCCCAAUCGCAUCAGAGCCAGGCUCCACCACCCUCACACAAUCAACAUCUACCUGCCAGGUCUACCCCCGUUCAACUUCACAGGCCGACGCAGAAUUACAUAAACAUCAAGAGUAGCAGUCCAGCGUCACCAAGGACAGUGAGCAGUGCUACGUCCUACGUUCAGGGUUCAAAUGCAGGACCCAGCAGUGUUUCUGGAGUGAGUAGUUCCGUUGGGACCGGAAGUGUCGUUGCAGUGACUGGAUCAAUUGCUAGUGCUGGAAUUGCCGGUGGAACUGCAGCCGUGGCGGUUUCGGCGGUCACUGCCACAACCGGUGGAGGCUUUGUCGCCGUCCCCGUACCCGCAGGGCUUCGAUAUGUCCAUCCUUACCUGCCUCCACCGUUGCCCGCGCCAUCCGCACCCGUUAAUCAAACACCACCUCCCCCGGGUGCGGCAGCCGCAUAUACCAGGGUGAAUGACCGAGUGGCAAUCAGCGUGAGCAGUAAUCCCGUGUCCCAAGUGGGCGUCGGUCUUGGUGUUAGUGUCAAUGCUUCUGGCGAGUAUGUGGUGACGAAUCGUGCCGAGAGGCCGAGGAUAUCGUUGCUCUCAACACCUGCCGCAACGGCGGCGUCAACGGCCUCGCCAACAGCAUCCGAAUAUCCCGUCGCAUCGGCAAGAAAUCAACGCACUGUGAUACCAAUACAAUCGGAACAAUAUUGCGGCAAUCGUGGCAAUUCAACUGUUGAUAUUGUCACAAUGUCCGAUGCUCCGCCAUUCAAGAAAAUACGCCUUGGACAACAACCUGCCACCGCACAAUCGCAAGUCCAAAUGCAAUGUCAAAAUUUAAUGCCCACCGAGACAAUUGUUCAGCAGGAGCACGUGCAACAAAUUCAACAGCCAUUGAGGAUAGACACGAGGGAGCAGCCGGUGCAGGGAAGUUAUGUGCCCCAAACGGAAGCGAUAUCGCCAACUCCUGAGCCAAAUACACAGGAGGACGCGCAAUUUCGAACAACGAAAGACGAACUCCUUCAGCAAAUUGGAAAAGUCGAUCGUGAAAUUGCCAAGAGGGAGACGCAAAUCAGUAAACUUAGAAAAAAAAUGAAACAACUUGAAGAAACGGCGAAUAAAUCUCUUGAGGCCGAAGGUCUUAAACGACCUGUCGAGGAACAAUCGCAACAGCCCAAGCAUCAAUCGCCGGCGCAAAAAAUUUACGCCGAUAAUAGAAAAAAAGCGGAAGAGGCGCAUCGCGUAUUAGACAGACUUGGACCAAAAGUCGAACUUCCAUUGUAUAAUCAGCCAUCGGACACGAUUGUCUAUCAGGAGAAUAGAGAGAGGCAUCAUGCAAUUGUAAGGCCAAAAUUAAUAUUGAGGCUGCAACGUGAACAUGGUGAUCGUGCUUCACUUCAUCGGAAACAAUCGCAAACCUAUGCCGUUCUCGUUCAGGAAUGGCAUCGUAAAGUUGAACGCGCUGAAUCAACGCAAAAACGAAAAACAAAAGAGGCUAAAAAUCGGGAUUUCUUUGAAAAAGUAUUUCCCGAAUUACGAAAGCAAAGGGAAGAUAAAGAACGUUUUAAUCGUGUUGGUGCUCGUAUCAAGAGUGAAGCUGAUCUCGAGGAAAUUAUGGAUGGUCUUCAGGAGCAGGAGGAAGAAUUGUCGACAGAGUUAAAAAAUUCCAUUAAAGCCCGUCAGAUGGAGGAUAAGAAAAUGCGUUCGUACGCAGUGAUACCGCCAUUACUAUUGGAUUCAAAACAAAGGAGAAUUGCGUUUCAAAAUCGUAAUGGUUUAUUGCAACCAGAAGAACUUGAGGGUUUACAUAGCGAGAGAAAAUUAAUAAAUGUUUGGAGUUCAAUUGAACAUGAAUUAUUUAAGGAAAAAUAUAUUUCGCACCCGAAAAAUUUUGGCGCUAUUGGCCAAUCGUUUGAUCAUAAAUCAGUGCCGGAUUGCGUGCAUCAUUACUACCUCACAAAGAAAGCGGAAAAUUAUAAACAGCUUCUUCGUAGGUCACGGCGAAUUCGUUCUAGAAACAAUCCUAAUAAUAAGGUUAAUAAUAGUAAUUCGACGAUCGGACCGAUUGAUAUUCUAUCGACGGGAGUGACAACGAGGCUUCAACGUGAGCAACAGCAAAAGACACAGGAGAAUCCGCAGAAUAAUUUAUCGACGGCGUCAACGACAGUGACAACGUCAACGUUGACAACAACGUCUUCGUCGUCGGCUGCUGCUUCUGCCGCUGCAUCAACGUCGACGACAACGUCAACGUCUACAACAACAACGACAACGACGACAAAUUCAUCAUCAUCAUCAUCAGCAGCAGCAGCAGCGGCGGCGGCAACGUCAACAUCAUCAUCAUCAUUGACUGUAAACGUUUCCACGUCAAUAACGAGUACAAGUUCAGCGAAUUCGAUGACAAAUACAAGUACAAAUUCAUUGGCGGAGUCGACAAAUUCAACAUUGACAACAACGACGUCAACAACGACGACGACAACAUCGUCAGCGUCAACAGCAACAACAACAACAGCGACAACAUUGCCUUCAACGACAAUGACGAGUUCGUCGAAUUUUUUGAGUACCACGAGUACAAUGUCGUCGAAUGUUGUUAGUUUGGCGUCAGUUGUGAGUGCAAAGGACGCGAGAGAGGCGAAUAAAGAAAAUAAGGAGAAUAAAGACGUCAAGGAUGCGGCGAAUUUGAAAAUUGAAAUUAAGGACGAUGGACAGAGUAAUUUGGAUACUUCUUCGACGAGGGUUGAGGGAAAGAGUGCGUUGUCAAUAUCGACAAAUACGACGAGUUCGAGUUCAACGACUCUAUCGACGUCGGAUAAUAAGGAGAAGAAGAAAAGUGGAGGUGCAUCGGGAACGGGAGCGAGUAGCGGCAGGACGAAAGACAAAAAGAAGGAUAAUCAUGCAGCGUCCGUUGAAACGAGCGACGAAGAGACUCAACCUAUCGAUACCCAUGAAGUUGGAACGAGACAAUUGGGAAUUCAUACGUGCGCGGUUUGUCAGAGCACUGUCGAGGGUGGGAAUCAAAGUCGACCAUUGUCAAGGAGCCAAGCUUCUCAAUAUGGAAUUAAAGAAGAGCAGGUUUUACCUGGUGCUCGGGUGUGUAACACCUGUCGAUGUAAGGCUGUGCGAGGACGCUACGUCACGUGUCCUCUUCCUGGAUGUCCAAAUCUCAACAACGCAAACACGAAAAAUCGUGUCAAACGAUUGAGAGCGUUGCCCGCCAAAUGGCUUGAUCUCCCACCUGAAAUUCGCGAACCAGUCGUUAAAGAAUUUCAGAUACCGAAUAAUGCGACAAAGUGCUGUUCGACUUGCUUCAAUCGAAUAUCGAGACGAUUGGCGCCACAUUUAGCGGGCAGUGCGGAUUCUUUAGAAGAGGGCGGCGAUUCCGCGUUUGGCCAAUGGACCGACGAUGAACUCGAGCAAUUAAGACGAGCGCUACGCGAACACGGUACAAAUUGGCCAAAAGUCUCGGAGCAAAUACCCGAGAAGACAAAUCAUCAAUGUAAAAGUUAUUAUUUCACCUAUCGAAAGAAGCACGGCCUCGAUCAAGUUGUCGCCGAGUAUUAUCAAUCGCUUGGCGAAGAGCGACGACCAUGUCUCACUGACGAGGAGGAGAGUGGAAGCAGUACGAGUAGUUGCGACGAAAUUGCGAUUCAUGAUACGAGUGAUACGGCAAGUGCCGGUAGUCCAGCGAAUACUAUUUCGAGUACGACGCCAAUAGUGCCCGUCUCUUCGGCUACAACUGCACUUACCGUUUCAUUUACGCAGUCAGCGGAUCAAAAAGUUGUCGAUAAAGUGUCCGAUAUUUCGAUUGUUUCGUUAGGAACGUCCUCGUCGGCGCAGCCUUUACCCUGCACCGUCACUCUUCCAAGUCGUGAGGAUUACGACAGUUCUGCCACGGAGACGGCGGACGAAGGUCAGGGUGGUGCCGAUUUGGAAAAUAGUAUUGUCUUAACGGUAUCAACAUCGAGUUCCAAUUCGUCAGUGGCGCCUCAUCAACCAUCACAGCAACAACAACAGAGACAACCACAACAACAACAACCACCACCAAGUCAUUCGCCAUCAACGACAAGCAAUACUAAUCCAUUGACUGUCAAGGAUCUCAUGUUAGGCGUUAUUGAAAUGCAACUAAAGAGAAAUCCCAAUAGUCCAGCGAAUACUGGCAGUUCCUCAGUGCCAAUUAGUUCCGGUACGCCGACAAUUUCCAGUAUUCUCAACACGGAUCAUCGCAAUGACAUUACAUUUGUCCGCGAGUAUAAACAUCAAACGAGUAUGUCACAAGCGCCAACGCAAAAUCGUGAAUCAAAUCUCGCCACCCUUUCUGUUGUCUCUAGUCCACAUCACGGGCACAGAUCUGUUCCCAGUCCCCAACAAAUUGGUCAAAUGCAGGCGACUAUUACUCCCUGUCCACCGUCGGCUUCAAGUGGCCAGACUCAGCCCUCGGAUCAUUUGCCCAAGGAAGGCCUCGUUGUGAUGCAAGUGCAACAGGUGCAGCAGAAUCUUCGCGACACUGAGGGAACUCUCGACCUGAGUAUCAAGAAACCACGCCAACAGGAAUACAAUCACUCUCUUCAAACCCCACACAAACCGCCUUCCGUGGGACCCAUGUAUCGUUCCGAGCCACCUCCUGGAGCCUACUAUCAUCCACACACGCCUUCAGAACAAAGUCGCGGAGCCAAGAGUCCCCUUGUAUAUGUUUCGUCGCCCAGACCUCAGGCUCCGCCGCUCGCUCAAAAAAUCAACAAAGUCACCGCGCCGCCUCCGCAUCCAAAACUCUCGCCAAAAUUGUCGAACAUCAGCACCAGUCACAAGGGCGGUUCCAUCACUCACGGCACUCCGGUGCCCGGCGCCAGGUACGAGGGUCUCCUGCGGCAAAUGACACCGCCCGGAAGCAUCAGCGGCACGAACACAAUGAGCCAGGGCCCCAAGGAAACGGGCUCAAUAACGCAAGGCACGCCCGUUCAUCCGUUCGCGGUCGACAAGCGCGGCCAGCAAAUGUACGACUACCACCGUUCAAUCCGCCAUUCGCCCGUCUCCACGAGCAACGUUCAAGGCCAAAAUCCCGGCGUCGUCGUCACGCACAGCAACCAGUACAACUCCUACCCGGCCCGACCGCCGCCCAGCUACAACACCGAGCAGCAACUCUCCUCCCGGCAAAUCAUCAUCAACGACUACAUCACCAGUCAGCAGAUGCACGGCCGCGGACGCGUGACAAACGCCGCCGAGACGCCCGUCAAAACCGAGCCACCCUCAAACCUCUACUACGCCAGCACCCCGCCACCGCAGACCCACACGCAGCCCCGCCAGGGCGUCAUCCAGAGGCACAACACCCAGAAGCCAAUCCACUACCCACCGCCCCCCGGCCUCGAGGCCUUCUCCAGCCUCGUCGACGUGGCCGUCCAGCAACCCAGCCUCCCCGUGCCCCACCCCCACCACCCCACGGCCACCAGCUCCAGCGGUCACGAGGGUCUCGGCAAAACCAUGGCCGACCGCCUCAUGGCCGAUCGCUACGUCGACAAUCGCGCCUUCCGCGAGCAAGAGAUCCGCCUCCAGGAGCACCGAAUAGCCAUGGAGCACCGCAUGGCCGUCGCCCACCACCAGCAGCAAAAGGACCGCGAGCGCGAGCGCGACCUCGUUCACCUCCGCGAGAAAGAGGAGCAAAGAAUCAAGGAACUCCGCGAGAAGGACUACCUCCUUGAGCGUCGCAUGGCCGUACAACAUCAACAUCAUCUCGAAAAGGAAAUCCAACAAGAACACCGCCUCCAGCAACGCGAAAAGGAACUCCAACACGUCGAGCAACGUCUCCACGUUCAGAAGGAAUUUCAACACAGCGAUCACCGUCUCGCCGUUCAACAGCAACGCGAAAAAGAAGUCCAACAGCAAAUGGCCGUCGCCGCCCAACGGGAGAAGGAACACCAGGAACAUCAUCGCCUCGCGGUUCAACAACAACGCGAAAAGGAAUUGCAACAACAACAACAGGAACAUCGCCUCGCGGUUCAACAUCAACGCGAAAAGGAAUUGCAACAGCAACAGGAACAUCGUUUGGCGGUUCAACAGCAACGCGAAAGGGAACUUGUUCACCUACAUCAACAGCAGCAACAACAACAGCAGCAGCAACAACAGCAACAGCAUCAACAUCAGUUGCAUCAUAUUCAACAUCAGCAGAGAAUUGAGGCGGAGAGACGACACAUUGCGCAGAUUUAUCGUGAACAACAUCCUUAUCUUGAGAGGGAAACUUCGAGAGUAAUGAGUAGUGGUUUUACACAGUCGUCGAGGCAUCAGCCGGGACCUCAGCAGCAGCAACAGCAACAGCAGCAGCAACAACAGCAGCAACAACAGCAACAACCGCCGAGGCAGAAUCAACAACAGAAUCAACAGGCUGAUGGAUCGUCGACAUUGACUGCUGCGAGUCUUAUUGACGCUAUUAUUACGCAUCAGAUUAAUCAGAGUACGGACAAUGCGCCUGGAACGCCGUCUUCGAAUAAUCAACAGAGGCCCGGGGACAGACUCUUUCAGGGUUUCCAAAGAGACAGUCCUGCAGAACCUAAUGGUAUAGCUCACAGUCCUGCCAGUGAAAAUAAUCCUGUAAAUAGUGGAUCUGUCGCUGUAAGUGGAGGUGGCGGUGUCAAUAAAAGUGUUACUCUCGGAGAACAUAUUGAGCAUAUUGUCGCAAAAGAUUAUGGACCUCCACUGUCGUCUUACCGACCCUAUUCAGGGUACCAAACUUCCGAAGAUCAAUGGAAACGAAGAAAAGGACUCGAUUCCGAUUCAGUGAAAUCAGAGGAUGAACGACAGAUAAUUCGUGUUGCGCAACAACAGCAGCAAUCACAACAACAGCAACAGCAGCAACAACAACAGCAACAAUCCUCACAAUCGAGUCAAUCAGUUGGUAAACAACAAUUCCUAACUGUCGAACCAGUUUCACCACCGGAAGCAACGACAAAUCAUUAUGCUCGACGCUUCUACGAAACGACCACUGCCACAACGACUUCCGGUACCCCAUCAAAUAAGCACAGUCUCUCGCCACUCGAUUAUGUAAAAAAUAAAAUUGUCGAGGUGAUGCGUACCUCGGAGGACGAUAAAGGUGUUAAUGUUGAACGUAAUGGUGGAGGUGGCGUUAGUGUUGGUGUUGGUGUAUUAGGUGUUGGCGUCGUCGUCACUGAUAAAGACGAUAAACCCGGCGUUGAUAGUCCAGCUGGCGGUGAAAUUGUCAUUGAUGAAAAUCCAAAUCAACAACAAUCACAACAACAAAAUCAACCGCCAGUACCAGCGCCAACGACAUUCUAUCCGUUUAGUGCACUUGGUGUUCAUACGGGACCACCACCAGCGCCACCGCCACCAUCAUCAGCGACAGCGUCCCUACCAAAAUCCGAACACGUGCAACCGGAACCCGCGCCUCUUCUCUCCGCGCAAUAUGAGCCCCUCUCCGAUGAGGACUGAUGAUGAUGAUGAUAAAUGACGAUGAUGAUGACGACGUAACAACGACAACUACCCCAUUCAAUACUUUUACAACUCUUCCAAAGAGUUUGUUGAAAGAAGAAAACAUUAUUCGUUUUUUUCGCAAGGAGAGGAGCUCGCGCUCUACAAAAGAAAGACGCUUCUUUUUUGUAAAUAUUAUAUAAAAAAAGGAAAUAAAUAAUCUUAAUCGUCAAGAAAAAAAGGGAAAAAAACGAUAAAAGUGUGUGCGUGUUUUUAUUUUGGAAUGAGUGACGAAAUUUGUAAAGAAAGUCCAAAAACGUACCAGUGUGAAGGUGUAAUCACUAAAAAAAUGGAUUUUUUUAUUUUUUUUUUUUUGUUGAGUCAUGGGAUUUAUUUUCCUUCCCCCCCACCCCCACCUAUAUAUAAAUAUAUACAUAUAUAUUAUUUGUUUUUUUCUUUUUUUUAUAAAUAUAAAAAAAAAUAAAUAAAAGUGGUUUAAGAGAAAUAAAAAAAACACAUUGUAAAUAGUAAAAUAGUAUUAACUCAUAACGAGCAAGUAAUUAUACGAUUAUUAGGCUAAUGUAUCUAGACAUUUAAGUAUAUACAUAUUAUAAAUAUAUAUAAAUAUAAAUAUGAAAAAAAAAUUAAGCUCAGAGAUAGGUAAAAAAAAAUACAACAACAACAACAAAUUUGUAGUUAGCGUUCUAGUGACUAGGCAAAUCACGAACUGACUUAGAAAGAAAGGAAAAAUGAAAAAAAAAAUUUCUUUUUUUUUUGAGAGAGACUUUGUUGUAAAAUUAUAAUGAAAGGGAAAUGAAAAUGAAAAAGUGCAGCAUGAAUAUAUAUACAUAUAUAUAUAUUAUUAAAAAAAGAUCGAUAAUUCAGUGAGGGAUUUUAUUUAAUUUAUAUAAUUAAUCUACUCUUUUUAUUGAAAAAAAAAAAUUGAAAAGAGUACACGAAAGAUAGAGUGAGAGAGAGUGUGUGUGAGAGAGAUUAAGAGAGUGAGAGAGAGAGAGAGAGUGAGAGAAAGAUAAAUCAUUCACACAACCGCACACACACUUUUUAUACAGCCUUGUUUUUAUAUAAGAAUAGUAAACUACGUUAUAAGCGGCUA